AUGCAAACCUGCAGCAUGAGAUUUGAAGAUCAAUGUUGCUGUUAGUCUGAUCGAUGAUCUGAUCCCAGGGAAAAUGACACUAAAAUGUUUUCUGCUGCUCCUGUUGUCAUGGGUCGGAAAUCUGCGCGCGCAGGAAGACAAGCGUGUGGUGUUUUCUCUGGGAAGGUUCCAGAAUGUCAGCGUUCCGGUGAAUGUGACGGUUCAAGCCGUAGUUUCACGAAUUCCUCUUGACGUCUCAUUCAUCAUGCUGCAGUUUCACACGCAACAUCACAAUGUUACACUCUCAUAUACAGAGCUCCCAGGUUAUGGUUCCUCCAUCACAUCAGUAGAUGCAGGUCUGUUGUCCACACUGCUGCCAGCUCAGUCCUCUCUCUCCUGGUUCCUAAACACGGCAGAUGGGAACAACGUAACAGGACUCGCUGUGAUACUGCCCUACACAAACACUGAUCCCGUUCCAGGAGCUUGCAAUCAAGAAUUUCCGCUGGAUAUUGAUCCCAACAUCCACCUACAAUACAACCUGUUUGAGACCACAAUUACCUUUGCUCCUGCCAACAUCGGAUAUGCAAGAGGUCAGAGUCCUCCAGCGUGUGAUGUUGAUAUGGGUUCUGGUACCCGCUGGCGUCUGGUGUAUGAGGUGUAUCAGUACUUUCUGCCUGAAGGUGAUCUAUCAGAAGAGAGUCUCAUCAGCGGGAUGGAGAGAGUAGCCAACAUACAGAACAUACAGGACAACAGCAGAAAAGUGAUGACGCUGUCGUCUCAUGAGCGCACACAGCUGUGGUUUAACUCUCUGCAGGGACAGGGUGUGAUUUUCUCUGUGGUUGUGAAAGACCCGGCGUUCAAUACAUCAGCCGCAUACGUCCCUGCGCACACAUACGCCUGCAGCUUUAACUCCACGCUGGAUGGCUGUGCUAUGUUAGGGAAAGUUUCUACUAAAGUGUUUUUCACUGUGAUGGGGGCAGCUGGGCUGUUGGUGUGUUUUUUGGGCCAUCGUUUCUUUAAAUGUGAGCUCUUUUGUAUGGGGUUCGGGUUCAUGGCUUUUGUCUUCUUUGUGCUGAUCACCAGGUGGACAGUGCUGGAAUAUGACAUUCGAUUGGCUCUGACGGCUAUGAUGGGCGUUGUCGGAGGCGUGGCCCUGUUGAUGAGCUGGUGGCGGUUCGGUUCUGUCAUUGCCUGUGUGCUGGUGGUUGGACUCAUUCUUGGAUUUCUCGUCUCAUCCAUUGUCUUUUUUACUCCAUUCGGUGACCUUUCUAUAUUUCAUAAUGAUGUGGUGUUCUGGGUGGUGUUUGUUUGCAUCAUGGUGAUUAUUCCGCCGUUCUUUAUCCGGUGGCCCCGAGAGGGUAAUAUCAUCACCUGUGGAGUGGUUGGUGCGUACGCGGUGGUCCUGGCCGUCAACGCUUACACGUACACCAGUCUGUCCUACAUCACACUGGAUGUUCUCAAACGCUUCCUCAACCACGACUUCAGUCGUGCAUUUAUCUCUGUUCCACUGCAGGACAUCGAUUUCAUCAUGAUCACAAUAUGGGUGGUUCUGGGGGUUUCUGGCAUCGCCAUGCAGCUGUAUCGCGAGCGCUCACGGCCGUUUUUCCCGCCGAGCCCAUAUGUCAUGUGGAAGCAAGAACGAGAACGCAGGAAGACAAACGUUCUGGACCCCAGCCACCACAAGCCAUCAAUCACCACCCGGAUCCUCGCCCGUGUUCAACAGCUUACCCGUCGCACAGAACCCGCUGGUGAAAGCACUCCGUUGCUUCUUUAACUCUCGACUAGACAUUGAGUUUGACAAUGUAGAUCCUCCUGUGAACUGGGCUUGGAGGGCCUAAUCCUACAAAGAUGGUUUCUAUAUAAACCAUAAUGAGGAUGCUAUGUGAUGUUUCGAGCCGUGAGACCCAUAACAAAGUGAUACGCAGCCAGUGCAGGUCACGCACUUGUGAAUGUGUGUUGGGUUUAGUGUAGGUUCAUACUCAAUCUCAGAACCUGCUAUUCUCUGACCAAUCAGCUUGCUAGGAUUUAGCUGAUGUCAGAAACACACUCUGUAACCAUUGGUUGAUCGAUCUCUGUGACAUACAACUGCCACAAAGUGGUUUUAGAUGCUUUUUAGUAGCUUUGAGAGAAUCAAGACAUGUGUCACAGUUGCCUCACAUAUUAAAUCCUGUCCACCAAAGAGUUUUAAAUAUUUUAUUAUGUCUGUACAGGGUUUCAACACAACGUUUAACCAGCGAGCUUGUGAGAAUGAUUGAUCCUUUUUAAAGACUUGCCAAAAAAGUUUGCCGUUUCAUUUGUUUUCAUGAAUGCUCUGAUGUUCAGCAGCAGGUGCUGUCAAGGUUGUUUGUGUAGUUUUCUGCGUCUCCGUGUUUACAGCAUCCAGAGGGGCUGGAAGAAAUGAGCAGAUUCCCUUGAGAAUACCUGAAGUGUUCCCAGUUACAAGGAUUUUAAAUGCAGGUUUGUUUUGAGUGGAAAAGGAAUAUUUAGAAUAAGUGGAUGUACUUUAUAACAGAACAUGAAGCUGGAUUUGAGGGUAGCAGGUGUUAUCAUCCUUCUCUCAGGGCAUCGGAUUUACUUUUUGGUUUCUUAAGCACUUAUAACAUGAAGUUUUCACAAGCUGAAAUGACUUUUUUAAAUUGUUGAUACAUUUAUAAUUCACUUAUUUCUGAUUGUUCCUAAACGUGAGAUUUGAAUGACUGUCUAAAUAUAAAUAAAGUUGUAAAAUGUGUGCCAUAA